CAGAGUGCAGACCUGUGGAUGAUCAGAAGGAGAGAAGCUGUUUGCAGGAAGGAGGUGAAGAAAGCGAUCUGUGCUGGAUCCCCCAAAGACAAUUUGUGGAGAACUUUUCCCGUGUCCCCGAGCAGCGGAAACUCUUCCAGAAUCAGACCCAGCCAAAGAUUCAGCCAGGAAUCCAUAUACGGAGCAAAGCAGCCAUGUCCAUCACUUCGGUCAUCAAUAGGAAGAUCUUGGGCAAACCCCUAUUAUUCCAGAUCCAGAGGUCAAGCAUCCCGUCUGGGCUGCCCUUGAGACAGGAAACAGACGAUAAUAUCCCGGUUCCCGAGAGACCUUACCAUAAGUGUCCGAUCUGCGGGAAGACCUUUGGUCAAAGCUCUCAUCUCAGUUUCCACCAGAGGACCCACGACGUAGAGAAGCCCUACAAGUGCACCCAGUGUGGGAACAGUUUCCACUCACGCCAGGGCCUCAUCUACCACCAACGCAGCCACGCCGGCGAGAAGCCGUACAAAUGCUCCUUCUGCGGGAAAAACUUCAGCCAGAGUUCUCACCUCCUGGUGCAUAAGAGGAGCCACACGGGCGAGAAGCCCUUCAGGUGUCCGACCUGCGGGAAAUGCUUCAGCCGCAACUCCCUUCUGACCAUCCACCAAAGGACCCACACGGGGGAGAAGCCGUACGCCUGCGUGCAGUGUGGCAGCCAGUUCCAUUCGGGCUCGGGGCUGAUUAACCACAAGAGGAUUCACGCAGGAGUGAAACCGUACAAAUGCUUGAAGUGUGGGAGGGAUUUCAUCCGGAAGGCCCACCUCACCCGGCACCAGAGCACCAACAACCUCGCUGAGUGUGGCGUGAAGUCCUACAAAUGCUUAGAAUGUGGGAAAGGUUUUAGUCAAAGCAAUCAACUGACCUCCCACCAGAGGACUCACACGGGGGAGAAGCCGUACGGUUGUCCAAGCUGCGGAAGGACCUUCACACAGAGCAACAACCUGAUUCAACAUCAGAGGAUCCACACGGGGGAGAAGCCCUACCAAUGCUCCGAGUGCGGGAAGAGCUUCCGCCACAGCACCAGCCUGAUCUCCCACCAGAGGAUCCACACGGGAGAGAAGCCCUACAAAUGCUCGGAGUGCGGGAAAGGCUUUUGCAACCAGUCGGGCCUCAUUAACCACAAGACCAUCCACACGGGGGAGAAGCCGUACAAAUGCUCGGAGUGCGGGAAGAGUUUCAGCCAGAGCACCCACCUUACCUCGCACCAAAGAAUUCACACCGGCGAGAGACCGUACAAAUGCUCGGACUGUAACAAAACCUUCUGCGAUCAGUCGGGACUCGUUAAACACCAGAGGAUUCACACAGGGCAGAAACCCUAUAAAUGCCUGGCAUGUGGGAAGAGUUUUAGCCAAAGCACCAAUCUUAUUAGACAUCAGAGAAUCCAUACCGGGGAGGAAGCCCACAAAUUAACCUCUCCUUAUAACCCAACGGUUGCGUUGCAAUUUCAAAGGCCUGCCAUUUCUAAGGCUUAAUACAGGUAAUCCUCGACUUAGCGACCACAAUUGAGCCCAGAA